GCAUUAUCCUUCAAAGAUUAAUGAACUGAUGUAAUUACUAGGACUCUUUAGUUAUCUAUACUGAAUAUCAUUUCGUUCGUCAAAUGAGAAAAUUCCACUAAUUAAGGAGAAAAUGGAAGCCAUUGAAGUUCAAACAAAUGAAGUGAUUUUUACUGAAACAUCGAGUAAACCUUCUCUUCUGCAAAAUAUAAAGAACAUUCUGAGAAAUAUUACGGUAGAACCAAUAGCCUUACUAUCGAUAACACCGAAACUGAUUUGUUCACUCGCUUUGGAGAAUUUAUUCCUGGAAAAGGCAUGUCUGGUUAAUUUAUCUCUCAAUGAGACAAUUUGUCAGGCCAUGGUAUUGAGGGAUCGCUCUGGAUAUGCCCCAGAAGAUGAAGUAGCCGUUCAGAGGGUAGUAUCUAAAAUGCUACCGUACAAAUCGGCUGGUCAUAUCAUCCAAAUUUUCUUCAUACUUAUGAUUGGUAGUUGGAGUGAUAGAACAGGAAGAAGGAGAUCUAUGUUCAUCGUUCCUUACAUCAGUGAUAUUAUAAGUAUCCUAGGCUACCUACUCUGCGUUUACUUCUUUUUGGAAUUGAGCGUUGAAUACCCUGUCCUCAUCGAAGCUAUGUUCUCAAUUUCCCUAGGAGGAAUUCCUUUGCUUAUGGCAGGAAUGUACAGCUACAUUGCCGGGAUAACCGAUACCAAGUCAAGAACAGUCAGGGUUGGUGUAGUUUCCAUGACAUUACGAACUUCAAUGACUUUAGGUAUAGCCCUGAGUGGAUUCAUGUUCAGAUAUUUAGGUUUUUAUGGAGUAUUCCUAAGUGCACUAGGAAUGAAUCUGAUUGGUUUUGUCUACAUAUUCGUUGUUGUGAAGAGCGUUCAACCAAAUAAAAAAUAUAUUGAAGAAGGUGAAAAUGUCUCAUGCUGUCGACUUUUGUGGAAUGGUAUUGCUGAAAGCGUAAUGAGCAGUUUGGAGGUAUGUUUCAAAUCAGGACCGAACAGAAGGAGAACAAAAAUGAUUUUACUCCAAUUGGUCAAUAUUUUGUCGUUCGGAAUUAUGACGGCUGAAGGUUCGGUUCUUUAUUUGUUCAGUAGGAAACAAUUUGGCUGGGAUGAAGUAGACUACAGCAUUUUUAAGAGUUACAAGACAUUUAUUGAAAUAAUGGGAUGUGCUUUCACACUGGCAUUUUUUUCAAGAUAUCUUCGAUGGAAUGAUGUUCAAAUAGCAUUACUGUCUUGUUUGAGUAGGUUCAUUGGAACAUUUAUCAUGGCUUUCGCAAAGAAUGGUAUUUUGCUAUACAUAGCCACUCUCAUAGACAUUUUCAAUGGAGUUAUUAUAAUUUCCGUUCGAUCCAUGAUAACGAAAACGGUGGAUCAAAAUGAGCAAGCAUUGGCCAAUUCAUUAACUGGCCUUCUUGAUGCAUUCGGAUCUUUUCUGAUGGGUUCAUUAUAUGCCUAUGUAUACUAUCAAACCUUAGCAAUAUUUCCUGGAGUAUUCUUCUUGGUUUCACUUUUUUCUUACAUUCCAAUUUUAUUGAUGCUACUCAUGAUCAAAAAUAUAGCCUUUAGUGUUAAAAAUGAUGGAGAGGUGAAAAAUGAAGACUGAACUAUGAGGAAGAAUUAUCUUAGCAACCAGGAUGUAUCAGGAUUUUCUUCGAAUUCUCAUUUGAUUCGAUUAUUCGGAUAAUUAUUAUAAGAAUAAGAGGAAGAUCGUAUUAUUGGAAUUAUCAAAGUUAUAUUGUGAGUUUAUAAGCCAUAACAAAUCAGGUAAUCAUGAAAAGACAAAUG